AUGGGUCAUGCUGUUAACAAGAUUAUAAAGGACAUAAAUAAUAGAAGUCAAAUAUUGAAAGGCAAUAGAGUACAUUACAUUCCAGGAUGGGAUUGUCAUGGACUACCUAUAGAAUUAAAAGCUCUGCAGAAGGCACAGAAGACUGCAACUGAUAAGAACCUCUCUGACCCUGUAAAUAUAAGACAAAUUGCUAGAGCGUUUGCUUUAGAAACUGUUUUGAAGCAAAAAAAGGCCUUCCAAAGUUGGGGUGUAAUGGCUGAUUGGGACAAGAGCUGCUAUUUGACCUUAGAUAAACAUUAUGUACAGAAUCAACUGAGACAGUUCUAUAAAAUGUAUAAAUCUGGCUUGAUAUUCCGGGCCCUAAAGCCAGUAUAUUGGUCACCAUCAUCAAAAACAGCUCUUGCUGAAGCCGAAUUGGAAUAUGAUCCUCAGUUCAAGAGUACAGAGGUAUAUGUCAAAUUUCGACUGGAGAAGAUACCGAAAGCAGCAGAGACUGUUUUACCAGGUAAAGAUAUUUCGGCAUUAAUCUGGACUACCACACCGUGGACUCUAAUUGCCAAUCGUGCAAUCUGCUAUAGUUCAACUAUGAAAUAUUGUUUAGUUACUUUAAGUACCAAGCCUGGUGAAAUAUUCCUGGUAGCCAGUGCACAAAUUGAUUACUUAGAAAAGACACUGGGAGUAGAGAUUUCUAAACUGUUCGAGUUUGAUGGCAGCGAACUCCACGGAACGACCUACCGCAGCGGAUUCAGUUCUGGUAGCUUCCCGUUUUUGGAAGCGGGCCAUGUUACGGAAGGCAAAGGCACCGGAUUGGUCCACACGGCGCCGGCCCACGGACACGACGAUUUCCUUGUGGCCUUGAAGAACGACAUGUCAGUGGUGUGCAACGUCGACGAGGCGGGGCGAUAUUUCAACCUUGGCGGGGGCUUCGACGGCCUAUCCGUAUUCGGGGAGGGGCAGGAGGCCGUCAUCGCAGCCCUAGGGGGCUCCAUCAUCCAUCGUGGGGUGUUCGUCCACUCGUACCCUCUCGACUGGAGAACUAAGAAGCCGGUGAUAGUGAGGGCGAGUCAGCAGUGGUUCGUAGACACGGCCGCUUUGAUGGAGAGGGCUCUGGCAGCUCUAGAUAAAGUGGCGUUGCUGCCGCCGGCCAGCGCGGACCAGUCUCGUCAGGGCUUCAGGUCGCAGCUGGAGAAGCGGCCCUACUGGUGCAUCUCGAGGCAGCGCGCCUGGGGCGUGCCCAUACCGGUUCUGUUUAGGGGCGAUGACGUCAUCGCGGACGAGGCUGUCAUAGAAAGGCUCUGCAGCCUGAUAGAGGAACACGAUACUGACAUCUGGUGGAGUUGCGAUGUCUCGAACUUGAUACCGGACGAAGUAGCGAAGAAACAUGCUUUAGACCCUGAAACUCUAACGAAAGGAAAUGACGUCAUGGACAUAUGGCUCGACUCCGGCCUCUCGUGGCAGGUCCUCGGCGGGAAAAAGGCGCGCGUCUACUGCGAGGGUGUGGACCAGCUCACCGGCUGGUUCCAGACCUCGCUGCUCACCUCCUUGGCCCUCACGGGCGAAGCCCCCUACGAUUCGCUGUUCGUCCACGGCUUCGUGGUGGACGAGAGGAGGCGGAAGAUGUCCAAGUCCGUUGGGAACGUUGUGGACCCUCAGGACGUGAUCAGCGGCGAUGGGAAGCGGCCCGGGUACGGAGUGGACGCUUUGAGAUGGUGGGUGGCCAGCCACUCGACGCAGCACUCCCAGGUGGUGAUCAGCCACCAACUGCUGGCCGAUUGCCAGGCGGAGGUGUCCAGGGUGCGCUCCAUCAUCAGGUACCUGCUGGGCGUCAUCAGCGAUCUGGAGCCCGCAGCGUUCGACCAGAAACCCCCUUCCAACUACUUCGACCGCUUCAUUGUAAACGAGGCGCACGGUUUCCUGCGACAGGUGAACGAGCACUACGACAGUUUCCGCUACAACCACGCCGCCCAGUCUGUUCUGUUCUUCGUCAGCAACAAGGUCUCCGCCCUCUACUGCCACUGCGUCAAGGACCGUCUCUACUGUUCGCCCAAAAGCUCCGCCCAGAGGAUCUCCGCCCAGCUCGCCGCGCACACGAUUCUGGUCGCUAUCCUCAAGGCGACAGCGCCCGUUUUGCCGCAUCUGGUCGAGGAGGCGUGGAGCCACCACCCACUCUACUCCGCCCCCUUCUUCUUCACGAGGGAUGUACCGAUGCUGCCGGCGGAGGAAGUCGACCCGUCGCUGAUGGUGGACCUCCUCGAGAUAAAGAGGCAGGUCUGCGUUAUGAGCGGGGGCGAGAAGCUGCGCAGGUGCGAACUGCGUCUGGGACUGAACCCGGAACAGCACUCGCGGCUGGCGGGCUUGGGACAGACGGACGGCGAGACGGACAGCGUGCUCUGCGAGGUGUUGGAACUCUCCUCAGUGGAGGUGAAGGAGAUCGGCGGUGGCGCCAGGUGGGAGCUGCAGCUGAACAAGAGUGAGAGGGGCCAGUGCUUGAGAUGCAGGAAAUACAACGCCGUCGAAGGGCGCGACGUUUGCUCCAGAUGUGAAAAUGUCCUCGCAAUGGGA